AUGACCUACUCUCUCUACGAUGCAACGGUUGUAAUGGCCAAGGGCGCUCUCACGUCUCUCAAGAGAAUCCUAACUGAAGCUGAGAAGCACCCCAAUUCCGACACUUUCUUCACAGCACGCCUCGUGGAGGACAUGAAGCCACUCACAUUCCAAGUUCACUGUGCCGCUUUCCUGGGCGAGCCAUUGGCUGCGAAGCUUUCCGGUGGAGAGUAUGCUGAGCCUGAAGAAGAUCUUGAUACCUAUGAGAAGAUGCAUGCUCGCAUCGACCUGGCUCUCAAGCACCUAGAAGAGACCGACAAAGACACAGUCAAUAGACUCGGUGAAACUUCAACUUCUUUCACCGUUCGUGAUAAAGCAAUUGAGGUGCCUGUCAAUGCUGUGGUUGGCUCGUGGAAUAUGCCAAACGUCUAUUUCCAUGUCUCGAUGGCCUACGCUAUCUUGCGAAAGGAGGGGGUACCAUUGGGGAAAAGGGACUGGAGCCGGGCCUUUGUCAGCGACUAUGUUUGA